AUUUUUGUUCCUGUAGCUGAGCAGCUUUAGAUCUCGAAGCUUAAAAAACACUCUUGCAUCUCGGCUAAUUCCGUAUGUGAGAAGCUAAAGGCCCGUUGGCGGACCCUACGGGAUAAAUUUUAUAAGGACCUAAAAAAGAAACCGUCAGGAAGCGGCGUGUAUUCGCUACACAAAAAGUGGAAGUGGAUGGAGAGCCUGAAGUUUUUAAAGGACGUUGAAAUGGAAAACUUGAACACACAAGGCAAUUAUGGCACCGUGACUACAGAAGGUGACGACUCCUUCCUCAGCGACCUUGGCGAAUCCGCCUGUAGCAGUAUCAGUUUAAAUAUGCUUCCUCAAUCACCGCAGACGCAGACGCAGGCACAGACACAGACACAGACGCAGACGCAGACACAGACACAGACUGGACGGAAACGUAAAAUAGAGGAAUUGCUUGAAAGCUCGAAUAGAGACUUUCAAAGAGUGACGACGUUAGCAGAGGAAAUGUUGGUCGGUGGCACGGAGAGAUCCGCCAUUCAAUUAUUUUUUGAAAGCCUUGCCAAGCAGGCGGAGGGAGCUAACUUAAAUAGCCUGGAAAUGUCCGAUUUACAACUCCAAAUGUCUCAAACAUUCCACCAAAUUUUAGUAAAUCGCAAAAAAUAAGUUUUAA